UGCUUCAAUAGUUAUUAAGAAAUAGGUUAAUAAAAAAUUUACUCAAACAAAAGACCCUACGUCCAAUGCCACUGACAAGGCAAACCCUGUAAUUAAUUCUCCAUCACGUAGGGUUCAAGAUACCUGGAAAUUUUGCAAAAGAAAAAGAAAAAAAGUUGGUGAAAAUAGGGAUAUAAGCAUUUUCUUUUUAGUUACUAAAAAAAGGAUCAGAAAAUUGUAAAGGUUACCAUGAAAGUUUUCGAGACUAUAUUGGCAUUAGGGCUUGUUUUUGUUGCAAUCAGUCCAAUAGUGAAUGCUAACAUUGGUGAAUUCGAUGAGGUGUGGCAACAGCGAGCUGAAGAAGCAAAAAGGGCUGCCCAAAGAGCCUACGAGCCCAAUCCCCAGAACGUAACCAAUAAUCUCAACAGAGAAACUCGCAGGGCCUUGGAAGGUUACAAUAACACAAGGAGAGAGCUACGGAAAUACCAUGGUCCAUGCCUAGCCACCAACCCAAUUGACAGAUGCUGGAGAUGUGAUCCAAACUGGGCUGGAAAGCGCAAGAAGCUAGCUUCCUGUGUGCUGGGGUUCGGUCGCAAGACCACUGGAGGCAAGGCUGGUAGAUUCUAUGUCGUAACAGAUCCAUCUGACAAUGAUAUGGUAAAUCCUAAACCCGGAACUAUACGCCAUGCAGUCAUCCAAAAAGGACCUCUCUGGAUCACAUUUGCCCAUGACAUGGUGAUUAGGCUAAACCAAGAGCUGAUCAUGACUAGUGACAAGACCAUCGACGGCCGAGGGGCUAAUGUGCACUUCUUUCGUGGUGCUCAAAUCACAUUGCAAUACAUUCAAAAUGUUAUUAUCCAUGGCAUACAUAUUCGUGGAUCGGUACAAGCCACUGGCGGCAUGAUAAGAGACUCCGUCGAUCAUUUUGGCCUUCGUACGAUGAGUGACGGCGAUGCAAUCUCCAUUUUCGGAUCCCAAAAUAUUUGGCUUGAUCACAUUUCUUUGUCCGGAUGCUAUGAUGGAUUAAUCGAUGUUAUUCAAGCAUCCACGGCAAUCACCAUCUCUAAUUGCCACUUAACUAAUCAUAACGACGUGUUGCUGUUUGGGGCAAGUGAUAGCUACUCAGAUGAUAAAGUGAUGCAAGUAACGCUUGCUUUCAACCAUUUUGGGCAAGGAUUGGUGCAAAGGAUGCCAAGGGUUCGAUGGGGAUUCGUCCAUGUUGUCAACAAUGAUUACACUCAUUGGCUAAUGUAUGCCAUUGGUGGCAGCAAGAACCCUACCAUCCUUAGCCAGGGCAACAGGUUCAUUGCUCCCCCCAACAAAGCAUGCAAAGAGGUUACAAAGAGAGAGUAUUCACCAGAGAGUGAAUGGAAGUCAUGGAACUGGAGGUCUGAGAAUGAUCUAAUGAUGAACGGGGCCUUUUUUGUUCAAUCUGGGAGACCAAUCAAAGGGGUCAAUAGGUACGAUGUGAUCAAGGCAAAGCCUGGGACAUUUGUAACGAGGCUCACACGCUUUUCAGGCGCUCUCAACUGCGUUAAACGCGGACCGUGUUAAGCUGCAUUGUUCAGUGAUACCAUAUAUAGGUACAUAACAUUAUAGAGCUCAAAACUGAGCUAGAAGUUGUAGUAAUUUGGCAGAGAAGCAUAAGUAAUAACAAGUACUCAUCAAUGUAGUUUUCUACUUUAACUAAGGGCGAGGGGUUAAGCAAGGAAACCCUUCAAGAGGGCUAAAUGAUUCAUCAAAUUAGGAAGGACGGUCGGGUUUUUUUUUCUAGUGGGUUGAAUAUUGUAGUAUAAUAUUAUAAAAAAUUUUGGAAGGGGCCAUGGCUGCUACCCGUCCCUAGAUUCGCCUCAACUUCGGAAGGAAAAAUGAAGAAAGAUCUUUAUAUAGUACUUUAAUCAUUACCAAUCCGUGGAUUAAUUAAUUUCUUUCCACUCCAAAUCUAUACUUGUGUAAAAAAUUCCUUUUUUGUUUAUUUUGCAUUUCGGUUUGCCAAAAAUUAAUGAGAAUUAGUGAAAUAGUGAUAUUAGCAAGGAUCAGAAUGAACAAUUGUGUAACUAAGGGACAUAGUUGAAUGUGGGAAACAUGAUGAGCAUUACCAACAAAUGUAAUUGAGGAAGAGAGAAGAAUCAAAGCUGCUUAAUGCAUUUUCAUCUCAA